AUGGUGACGACAUCAAAGCCUCCAACGAUCACUAAGGCCAUUGAUCUAAGUGUGGCAUUAACUGAAGAAGCAAUUAGGCUGAACAAGUUCUCAAUCUCUGAUGGAAAGAAAAAGGAGACUCAUGUUGAGUCGUCAGGCGAGAACAAAAGGAAGUUCUCGAACUUCAAGAAAGGUACUCAAGGAAACAACGGUGGUAACAAGAAAAGAUAUGCGAACCCACUAGCCGAGGUCAAGACUGGUGUUGCAAGUUCAGAGAACAAAGGGAAAGGAUACAUGGGCACCUUGCCUAAGUGUGAUGUAUGCCAGCUCCAUCAUGCCGGCCCAUGUAGGUAUAGGAAGUGUGAAUCUUGUGGGAAGAAUGGUCAUUCGAAGGAGACAUGCUGGGCCGGUACUGGUCGUGGAAAUGGUGGUCAGAAAGGAAAUAGUAGUGGGAACAGAAACCGUGGUGGAAACGGUUACGGAAACCGCAAUCAAGGAGGAAAUGGCGGUAAUGGUAAUCGUGGUGGUACUGGAAACCAAGCUGGAAAUGGAAACCGCAGCAACAACCAAGGUGGUACUAGAAACAAGCAAGGAUGCUUUAGUUGCGGAGAUAUUGGGCAUUUCAAGAGAGAUUGCCCAAAGAACAACCAAGCCCAAGGAAGAGUUUUCAACAUUGGAGCUAGGGAAGCUCGCCAAGAUCCGAACAUAGUCACGGGUAUGGAAGCAUUUAAAGAUGAGAAGCUGAAGAAAAAGGAUACUGGUUCCGGAUCUUCAACAACUCUGCUCUCAACCAAUGCAUCUUCAUAUUCAUUAAGUGCAAAAUCAGGUAAAAGAUUAUGUGGGAUAACAUUUAAGGGAGAACCCGUUAAAGAAGUUUCCGGAUCUUCAUUGAAUGCCGCCGUACCACCGGAAACACUCCGUGGUGGUUAG